GGCUGCCAGUCGACGGGCGCUGAGAUGAGGAAGUAUUUGACUGCAAGCGCGUGUCAGUAGGCGGCGCAAGCGGUCAAUGCAUGGUGGUGACUAGUAGUGCGCGACUACUACUAGUAGUACGACCAUGGAGACGGGUAUGAAGCACGUACGGUUGUCGACUUGCUGAAGCGCGACGACACUAUCAGGUGGUAGGCUUUGCUGAGCGUCCUGGUCUAAUAAGAAGGUCUCGGGCGCGACAGAGCGUGCCUGAGGCGGCGGCAUGGCGGCAUGAUGGGCGGUAGGGUACAUGCUGCGCUGCAACACGAUCCUCUAUACAAGCGUUUUGGAGUGAGGGACGUCAGACGUGGUAGGGCGAUGGUCGGAUGGAACACGAGGGUCGGAAUGGGGCUCGAAGGAGGACCUGCCAGGUUCGAAGAAAGGAAUAUGAGGCGCAAAGCGAAGGGAAAAAAGCCGGCGACGGUAUCAGAUAUGUUAAAAGGGACAAUAAAACGAAUCGAGGGCCUGCCUCGGGAUGGACAGACUCGAAGGACAAGAAGACUUGGACAGAGGGAAGGUUAGGGCUCUGGAGAUCUCAAACGCAAGUGGGCAGGACGGAGCUUUUAGGGGGGUGUCAGAGAGGGCACUUGAAACCCCUCGUUAGCAUGUUUGAGUUAUUCCUGGCCUGCGCCUGGCUAGUAAGCGGGCGGGCGGUGGCCAAUUGGGCGACGCACGCCGGGGCAGAGACAAGGGUGCGACGGGGGGGUGGGCGACUCAUGGGACGGCCGUGCAUUGCUGUCGUUGAGGGCGCUGGGAAGAGUUGGACGACGGGCAUUCAUGCGAUGCGAUGCGGUGGGAUAGAUGGGCGUCUGGCGUCGAGAGUCUGGAGUUGUGCAGUUCUGUUCUAUUCUGUGUGUGUGGAGGGCCUGGAUGGGAAGGUGGGAUGGGAUGGGAUGGGGCGCCCUUUCCCUUCCUGUCCUUGCUCGUUGUCCGCUCCUUCCUUCCUUCCUUCCUUCCUGCUGCCCACUCCUCGCUCGCUCGCUCGCUCGCUCGCACCUGCCUUGCCUUGACUUGCCUUGCCUGAGAGAGCCCGCACCUUGCUCGGGCAACGGACACGGGCAAGCACUCGCUUCUAGCCUAGCACCCCACCUGGGCACUUGCACCAGACUUGCCGGGCAGACUGGCAGACUUGCAUGCAGUGCAGCAAC